GCUUUUUGAAAAAACAAGAAAUUCUCUUCGUAUCUGCGAAAAUGGCUUCAAGAAACAGUAAACGUUCUUUGGAACCCUUUUUUGAUCAAUGUGAGGAUUCCGAUGUAUCUGUAAGAGAUUCUAAUGAUCAAUGUGAGGAUUUCCAUGCGCUUUUAAGAGAUUCUGAUGAUGAGUGCCUGAGUGAAACAUCUCAAAUAUUCAUCGAAAAUCCUAUUGACGGCAUUGAAAAUUAUUUUAGUGAUUCAGGAGAUGAACUCUUAAGUGAAACUUCGCAGAUAUUUUUGGAGAAUCCUUUGGUUUUGCCUCUUUACUAUCAAGUAGGCUCGGGAUAUGAGACUCAACCUUCUGCUCCAUCUAAAGGACCUGCAUAUGUGGAACAUGACAUUUCAGUAAAUAUGGAAAAUGCUAUUAUACUCAAGGCACGGCGUCGUAACCGAAAGUAUCAAGGCGAGGAAAUAACCUUCCAGGCACGUGUUGAUAUGAAUCGUCUGCCUCAAAAUAUUCGCAACAGGCCUCUUCUAGCCGUAACUGAAUCUGUUAGACAGCUGUUUGAAAUAUUAAUUCAACGGUCAACAGAAAAUCUAAGGCCGACAGAUUGGAUACGAAUGUGUAUCCAAGCCGAUGGAUUGGAUAAACCCAUGUCUACGAAAAUUAUUGCCGUAUCUUCCAUGACGGUGGAGACCGUAUUAUCGGUUAUUAUGAAAGUUCUGCAGUCAAAAGAUGAAAUUCGGCUGGAUUCAGGCUUCCUAGUAGAUGUGAUCACGAUUCGCAGGGAUAUCGGUGCAGGUAGAGCAAAGAUAAUCAACAUUCAAGUAGAUCGUCUUAAAAAACGCUCUGUCCUUUCCAUCCCGUCAGAUGAUGAAGGGUUGUGUUGCGCAAAAGCAAUCGUAUAUGCCCUAGCUUAUCUUGAGCAAGACAAGUCAGCGCUUAAUUCUCUACGGGAUCGGAGACGAUCUGUUCUAAUGCUACGAGCUCAAGAAUUACACAAGUGUGCUGGAGUUCCUCUUGGUCCUUGUACAUACACUGAAAUCUGCACAUUUGAAAAUCAUCUAAAUAUACAAAUCGUAGUAAUAAGCAGCGAAAAUUUAAAUAAAGUCUCGUACAAAGGAAGAUAUCGAACUCGUCGCGUUAAUUUGUGGCAACACAAUGGAAAUUUUGAUGUCAUUACAAAUUUACACGCAUUGCCUAAAAGAUGUAAAGAUUGUGAUCGCCUCUGUCAAUCUGAGGACUGCUUUGCAGCGCAUAAAGCCGUCACAGGUAGACAAGAGCAUUCAGUAUGCGAUAGGAUGUAUCAGUGCAGACAAUGCUCAAAAGUUAUCAUGCGACGGCAGUGUCCUAAAAUUUUACAUCGUUGCGGGACUAUCAAAUGCCCUUCGUGUAAAGAGUAUGUUAUAGCGUCAGAACAUCAUUGUUUCUUACAACUCAUUUCUGCGAAAAGUCCAUCCGAUAAAUUAAUUUUCUUUGAUUUCGAAACUGACCAAUCAUCAGGGGAACACAUCGUAAACUUUGCUGUAGCGCAGUACAAAGAUGGCCAAGAGAAAAUAUUUAAAGGAUACGAAGCAUGUCAUGAAUUCUGCUCUUGGCUGUUUACAACAGUGCACAAAAAUUACACUGUUAUUGCACACAAUAUGAAGGGAUUUGACGGUCAGUUUAUAAUGGCAUGGCUUUUAGAACAGGGUACGGCACCUGAAGUAAUCCCUAAUGGCUCUAAAGUGAUGGUAAUCACCCAUACCGCCCUCAACAUAAAACUUAUUGAUUCUUUUAAUUUCCUGCCGAUGGCUCUCUCAAAGCUGCCUGCUUGUUUCGGCCUUACAGAACUAAAAAAAGGAUAUUUUCCGCACCUUUUCAACAAGAAAGAAAAUCAAAAUUAUGUGGGAUUUUUACCUGAGCCUAAGUACUACAAUCCUGAUUGUAUGACUAGUGCGGUGCGAACCUCCUUUUUGGAAUGGCAUAAAGAACACGAGAAGGAUAUAUUUGAUUUCCAAGAAGAAAUUCUCACGUAUUGCCGAUCAGAUGUUGAUAUCCUUCGUAGAUGUUGCGUUGAAUUUAGAAAUCAGUUUUUAGAAAUUACAGGAGUAGACCCCUUUUGUUACAUAACCAUUGCAUCAGCGUGUAUGGCGGUUUACAGAUCCCGACACAUAAUACCUAAUACCAUCGCAAUGAUACCUGUAGGAGGUUAUAUCAAUCGCACGAAUCAUAGUCCUGACUGUAUUCGUUGGCUUGAUUUUAUUGCCCAAAAAGAGAGCAUUGAAAUCGAACACGCUUUGAACGGAAAAGGAGAAAGACGAUUGGAUGGUAUAUCUGUAGACGGAUAUUGCAAAGAAACAAAUACUGUUUAUCAAUACUACGGAUGUUUCUUUCACGGUUGCUCCACCUGUUUUGACGGAGAUGCACUCCACCCCAUAACAAAAUUACCCAUGUCGACAUUGCGACAACAAACGGUAGUAGACAAGACUUACCAGCUACGUGCGUGA